GUUUCACUUGCCUUCAACAAAGCCAGCAGCAUAACCUUGCAUAUACGGUUCGACCACCCUGUCUGCAACUUCUACUUCAACGAAUGCCCAUCUGAAAUUUUACAGAGAUUUCAAUUUCCCUUCUCCUUCGCUAAAAACGAUGAUGUGGUAGUAUCAACCAGCACACACACAGCAGCAAAUGCCUAGAAUGCUGGCUAACGCGAGUUCACUCUACCGUUUGGCUUCAGAUCCGAAUUUCGAACGCCGAUUCGCUGCUAACCUACAAUUGCAACAGGAUUUGCGCUGGCGCCAAUGCUACGCAGUACUGAAGGCAAAUCUUCUGUUUGUCUUCGGUAAGCAAGAUGAUCCGGAGCCACCAUUUCUCAUCCUGAUAAUCGAGGACUGCUUUAUAGAGCUUUGCGAUGAGAACAAACUAGGAAAGGAUUUCACCUUUGAAAUCAAGUACAAAACAACGGGGAACAGCUACAUUUUUGCCGCUGAAGACUUCAAAACACUGGAAAGAUGGGUUUCACUGUUGACAAUAACUCCGAUCGAUUACAUGCUGCUUUCGAAACAGUCGUUCGCAGAGCAAAUUGAGCGAGUUCAAAAUGCUGAGUCCGAGUCGUAAAACUGAACCUCCCAGGUGUAUGAAUUUGAAACUUGCCUUUUAAUUCAUGUUGUUCAAAUUUGUAUAUCAGGCUUUUUUCUCAAUCAGAUCUGUAUAUCAUAUCCGCGUAAUCAGUUAUCGGGUAACGUUCUUUCGUGCUUUUUUAUUAUGUUCUAUGUUGAUGGCCAUAAAUAUUAUUCUUUA